CCUUUUAUUUUGGAGGAUCUUUCCGUGUAUUAUUUUCAAGUGACCUGACGUCACCAUUAUUUUCUUCCUGAACUUUUCAGGCUUUUCAAACUUUCGGCGAAAUACGGAUUUAAACAAACAUGGGCGCGUGUUUGGCUCUGGGUUCCCUCGCCAGCUGUGCGUCAUGUCUGUGCGGCUCGGCCUCCUGCCUCCUGUCAUCAUGCUGCCCUUCGACAUACAACUCCACCGUGAGCCGCCUGGCUUUCUCCUUCCUGCUGCUGCUUGGGACUCUGGUCUCUGUCAUUAUGAUUCUCCCAGGCAUGGAGGACAACCUUAAGAAGAUUCCAGGUUUUUGCACAGGCGGCACCAGCAUACCUGGCAUAGAGAACAAGGUGAACUGCGAUGUCAUCGUAGGCUACAAGUCAGUGUACCGCAUGUGCUUCGCCAUGGCCUGCUUCUUCUUCCUUUUCUCCCUCAUCAUGAUCCGAGUGCGCAGCAGCAAGGACCCGCGGGCAUCCAUCCAAAAUGGCUUCUGGUUCUUCAAGUUCCUAGUGUUGGUUGGCAUCACUGUGGGGGCUUUCUUCAUCCCAGAUGGCACCCUCAAUACAGUGUGGUAUUACUUCGGCAUGGUGGGCUCUUUCAUCUUCAUCAUCAUGCAGCUCAUCCUGCUCGUGGACUUCGCCCAUUCUUGGAACCUGUCCUGGCUGGAGAAAGCGGAAAACGGAAACUCCAAAUGCUGGUUUGCAGCUCUGUUGUCUUUCACCUUCAUCCACUACGCCGUGGCUUUUGCUGCUGUCGUGCUCUUCUAUGUGUUUUAUACUCAGCCUAGUGACUGCACAGAGCACAAGGUCUUCAUCAGCCUCAACUUAAUAUUCUGCAUCAUUGUGUCCAUUGUGUCCAUUCUUCCCAAAGUCCAGGAGGCUCAGCCAAGCUCAGGCUUGCUGCAGGCAUCCCUCAUCUCUAUGUACACCAUGUAUGUCACGUGGUCAGCAAUGAGCAACAACCCCAAUCGUAAGUGUAACCCCAGUCUACUGAGUCUGAUCCAGCCCAGCAGUCCAACUCCUGCACCAGGACCUACUCCCACCCAAGCGCCUGGAAAUGUUCAGUGGUGGGACGCACAGGGCAUAGUGGGAUUGAUCAUCUUCUUGUUCUGCACUCUUUAUGCCAGCAUCCGCUCAUCAAACAACGCCCAGGUGAACAAGCUGAUGCAGACCGAGGAGGGCCAGGGCCUGACCGCCAAUGUGGAGGCCACCCCAGGAGAGGACGGCACCCGGCGGGCCGUGGACAACGAAGAGGACGGGGUCACCUACAGCUACUCCUUCUUCCACUUCUGCCUCUUUUUGGCCUCACUCUACAUCAUGAUGACCCUCACCAACUGGUACCAGCCCGACACAGACUACCAGGUAAUGCAGACCGCCAUGCCGGCUGUGUGGGUGAAGAUUAGCUCUAGCUGGCUCGGCCUGGCUCUGUAUCUCUGGACCCUGGUGGCCCCGCUGGUGCUCCCAGACAGAGACUUCAACUAAAAGUCACAACAUAACCUUCCAGCUUAUGUUACCAACUCUCGGGGGGAGGUAUCUAUUUACGUGCUGCUUAAAUGUCCUAUUUUAAUUACAACAUAGGAAGUGGCUGUUUCUCUACUAUUGCAAUUUAGAGCACUACAUGCCUUUUAUAGGAUGGGACCAAAGCAAAAUCACAAAUUAAUGCAGGGAACCACUGUUUUCACUUUAACUACUUUCCUAUGUUCAGACUUUAUGAUUGUUUGGGUUUUAUGCUUAGUUUUGUAUGUGAAGUGCCUUAUUUGUACACAAAAUAUCCAAAAGAACCGUUUUUGAUAUGCAUGAUAUGGUAUUGAAGUUAAUUGUUAACCAGCUUCCUGAGUAAACCUUCAUUUUUCAUUCUAAUCAAUAAAGCGGCAUUCUGUUCAUGUCUAAA